GCUGACCUCCUUACCUGAAACACUAAUAAACAAGAUGGCUUCUGCGGAGGGAACUCGCAAAAGCUAUGGGAAGCGAAUUAAGACUUGGGUGACGACUUGUGGUGGUGUUUUAAGCAUUUUAUCUUUCAUCUGUUUCUUCAUCUCGUUCUGCACCCCGAACUGGAUCGAACAGUAUGACAAAUACAAGACGAGAAAGUUCCAGCGCAUGGGGCUGUGGGAGGCCUGCUUUCACGGCUGGAACUACUACAAAGAUUACCUAGGGAAAACCUACUAUGGGUGCUGGUGGGUGUUCUCGUUCGAGUACCGACCCAUCUGGACCUUUUUGAACCCACCGUGGUUACUGGGCAUUCAGGUUGUGAUGUCCUUGACCUUCCUGCUAACAAUUGCGACGCUGUUUUUCGCCCUCAUGUUCAUCUGUAAGGCGUGCCCCGCCAAACAACACACGCGCAACUGUGCCAUCUUGAAUAUGAUUAUAGCGAUGGCUACCACAAUCUGCAUUAUCGUGUUUGGGUUGAAAACGAAAGUAGACCGCCAGUGGCUGCCUCAUCCUGAUUCCAACUUCCUGUCGUGGUCGUUUGGGUUCGCCGUGCUCUCGGCAUUCUUCGCCACGUUCGCUGCGAUGUGUUUCACGUCGGAGACCAUACGUCUGAUUGCCGAAGAGAAGAAACCAAAACCUACUGUGGCACGACAACCAUUUUAAAAAUAUAAAACAAUUAAGGACAUAGCAGGCGCGUGUGCAGGAAUUUUAACGGUGGGUGGGAUCUAGACUAGCGAGCGACGUUUAUAGGAGAGGUCAAGUUAUGCUCCCCCGGGAAAUGUAUUGAAAAUAAUUGCUUGAGCAAGUGGUGUUCGAAACCUGAAACCAUCUCCCCAGCACACGCGUCUGCAUAAGAUUAGGGAGUUUAUGAUCAACGCUCCCCAACUUAUUUUCUAUUCCAUUGGGUGUAUCCAGAUGGGGUGUAAUAUGUGUCUUACAAUGAGGACAUCUUAAACAUUUCUGCAAAUUAUUUAAUAUGCAGAAUUUCACAUUUUCCAAUUUAACUUGCAAAUCCAGAAAGUAUAAUAUAGGAUGUAUUACAAGUAACAAGUUUUUAUUGCCAUGAGUUAUAAAACUUAGCAACAUAUACAUGUAUGCAUAAAUAUAUUUGUAUACCAUAUACGUAUACAGUA